AUGGCGGAUUUCCUCACCAAGAAGGAACGAAGAAAAAGUCUUAGCGUGUUUAGCCCAUCCUCCAGUACCUCGUCCCCGUUAAUUCGUCCCUCCCAUUCUCGCACACCAUCCGAUGGUGUCUUAACGAAGGAGAAGAAAGCUCGCCGCAAUUCCGGCUUCUUUAGUCGGGCCCAGAGUCCAACUAGAAAAAUAAGCGGCUCAAAUGUCCUACGUCGCCCUGGUACGGCAGGUUCGGACACGGCGGCGUGGUCUGCAGCAAUGACCUCCGCUGCCACCCCAACACUUGAAAUCCCCAAACCACGUCGAAAGUCACUCCAAAAGAAACGGGCCUCGGUGUUUGGGUCCUUGAAAUCAUUACACUCGCUAGAGGAUGACGAUCCACUCAGCGCUUCGGUUGGUUCGCUGGGCGACGACCAAAGCGUCUUUAAUCCGCGGAAUGGGAUCUGGUCUUCGUCAAUCCUCCAUUAUGGUGACAUCCAGAUCACCGGUGGCAUGUGGAAGCGGAAAAGUCAAUACCUCGUCCUCACGGAUACGCAUCUUGUCCGUUUCAAGAAUCAAAGCAAGGCUACGGAGGCCUUCCCUUCAAUUCCGCCCUCUUUCAACGCCCGUGCUCCGGCGUCGCACCGUCAGUCUGUGGCCUCGAUCAGCUCCUUGCAGGAUAUGCAAAUGAUGGUCUCGACCGAGGUCCCGACUGGAAUCCCACUGAAUAGCAUCAUUGCAGUUUAUAUGUUGGAGGAUGCACGGUUAUCCCCCUCAGUUGAAGUAGCUUAUCUGGAUGAGCGCACGCAUAAAGCAUCUUUGAUCCAGAUGCAAACACCCGAUCCUCAAGAACUGAAUCUCUGGAUGGUGGGUAUUCGUCAGGCGGCGCAGUUAUCACGGUCGAACGACCCGCUACCGUUCGACCGUGGAGCAGUGGAGUAUGUAACCAGGAUGUUGGAGCACGAACGAGAUUACGAUCCGACUUCAUUCCGAAUGUUCCGCGUCAUACAGAUUGCGUCGAGCAAGUCGCCAACACGUUCGUCCUCUGAUGAUCUGACCAAGCUUUCCCCAACGGGUUGUUACCUGGCAAUUGGUCUGCACAAGGUUCAUUUGAUCCCAAUGCAGAAGGCGGCUAAUCGACCCUCGGUGGUCUCUCUUUCUGAUCUCGAAACUACCACUUCGUUCGGAUUAAUGAACUUGACUGGCUUAUCGAUGGAAUAUGGAGAUGAUAGUCUACAUCUAACAUUUCGGGUACCCCUGCGAAAGUCAUUCAACGUUUUCUUGGCUUCGGUUCACUCGGUCGAGAUUGCUUGCUGGAUCCGGCAACAUACCGAGUUCCUGCGCCCGUUGUGGACUCGACAACCGUAUGACUUCGUCGUGCCACCCGAGUUACAUAAUUCCGACAACUUCCCUCUUGCUCUUUUGGAUGAGGAUUACGGCUGCUUUGAUAGAACGCUGGUGGCAUACUCGGCCAGUUACGAUGUCGAUACUUCCAACAUCCGCUAUACCAUUGACUUGGAUUGUGAAGAUGCACCGUGUUUCCGUCUUCUCCGACCCGCAUCGACCAAAACUUCACGGUAUAGUGCCUUGGAGUUGAUUGCUGUGAUGCGCGCCCUUCGAUACAAUGAAUCAUUCCGGUCGAUCUCAUUUCGUAAUAUCAACCUGGAUGCAAUCCAGGGAAUUCGCGAUAUGCACGGCGUGGAUCCCGAUGUUCAUCUUGAUAGGGCUGGGUGUUUCGUGCAGAUUACCGGCCAGGGCAAUCUGACUGUUCUGUCACAGGAGGUGCGCGCAUUGGCACUCAAGAGUACGUGGCUCCGCCGACUGGAUUUCUCUUACUGCCUGACUCGAACACCAACUUUGGACAAGGGUAGUCGGGACCCAGGAUGUGGAAUCCCCGAGGCUAUUUUCCCUGUCUGCCGACGUGAAAUGACUAAUGUGGAUUGGGUGGUUUUGAACGGUAUCAAGCUUGGAGAAUCUGAUCUAGACUAUCUUGUUGAUGCCGCUUCACAGAGCCAAAGUCAUCUGCGUGCAUUGGAGGUUGGGGAUUGUGGACUGUCAGUACACGACCUGGAUCUCUUAUUAUCCACUCUGGUCGCGCAGGAAUCUACUCUCGAGGUAAUCAACAUUUCAGGAGUUCAAGGUCGCUUGAAUCCGGACGUGCUGCAACAGUACAUUGGAUACUUUGGCCAGAUCCGAAAGAUCAACCUCUCGCGCAUCUCUCGCACAUCUGGCUCGGACCCGCUCAUCACGGCUGAAAUGCUAUUUAACUGGCAACUCGAGGAAUUGAUUCUCAGCCGCACAGCUGUCAAUCGGGAGACCGUUGAUUCGAUUGCAACCUAUCUCGCAAGUGAUUGCUCACGGAAUCUCCGCAUGCUUCGACUGGAUCAGUGUGGUCUCAGCGGAGAGGAUGUUGCCAUGUUUAUGCAUUCCAUGUCUAUCGGACCAGAUGCUCCGCGCAGUCUUCAUUUGCAUGUUAAUGAGAACCGACUGGACAAUGGCUGCUCUCACCUCUUUGAAGCAAUUGCGAAGAACCUGACCCCGACUCAUGUCUCUAUGCAGAUGAUUGACUUCAAGAAGGAAGAGCACUUCCGACAGCUUGUAGAUGCACUCCGGAAGAACACCACGAUCCGGUAUUUGGAUAUCUCUAAGGCAUCGCUCCCCUAUGAUGCGGGUCCGGAAACUUGUAAAGCAUUGCAGCACAUGUUUGAACAGAACAGUACGCUCGAAGCCUUGGACAUAAGUGGCGAGAACGCACACCUCGAUGUUGCACGUUUUGGUAUCGGGCUCAACCUGGCGUUGACAGGCUUGAAAAAGAACAAAUCUCUCAAAGUGCUCCGGAUCGAACACCAAAAGUUGGGACUGCAAGGCGCGAAUACAUUGGCAUCCGUCUUGGAAGAUAAUGAGUCCCUGCGUGAGGUGCACUUGCAACCGCACAUUGCUACACCUCUCCCCAUGGACAGAGACCGGGCUCUGUCACUUGACAGAGUACGCCGAGAGGUUGACAAUGUUCGUUGGGACGCCAGUCAGGUUCAAAGCUCCACCGCAAACUCGAUUCGUCGAUCUCUACAUGCGGCAAUGGGUGUUCGCUCAAGCGGAUCGAACAGUCACCAUCACCGCUCGGCCAAGGUAACGCCAUCUCAUUCACCAUCGUCAUCCUUGGACUCGACGCCAUUCGCAAGCCCCAAUGUCGACUUGGUUCUACAAUCCUUGCAGCAUAAAUGGGAUGCGGAAAUUGGUCGUUUGCAGAGAUAUCUGCUUCGUAACUACAACCUCUCCCACGGAAUCUUGGACUCUGAUGUCGAGGACGGUGCCAGUGAUGGGCGACCUGCAACUGCAGCCAGCUUGGGCACUAUGUUGGAUAAUCUCAAGUUCGAAGUGGCCGUUUCCGCAGAUGAAGUGCACGCCUCCUCUCCUCCCGAGGAACCUGUUGUACCAAUUCGGCUUCCUAUGGAGCCACCCGCGGUGCCUCCCUCCAAGCCCAAAACCAUCAUCAAGAAGCUGUCUUCCAAAAAAUUGUCUGCGAAAGCAAAUCGCAUGAGGAGUGAACCUGAUCUCCGGCCUCAUACCGCCCAUGCACGUGGAUCUCAGAUCCUUCCAUCUGAGUAUGGUUCAUCCACCCCAUCCGCUCGCUUAGCUGCACCUGUUCCUGCACUACCGCCUGCAGUUACUAAAGCGAGCAGUGUUCGCAGCGCACGCAGUUCGAGCACUGCCUCGACAAAUGCUGGUAGCGCGCGCAGCAGCUACGGCAUGGCCUCGUCGGCUUUGAGAGGUUUCCUCACAGGCAGUGCCUUGAAGGAUCGCCGUCGAGUCGAGUCGAUACGCCCCCUGGACUUGCAAGAGCUUUAA